UUUUUAUGUCGACGUUUGCCCUUCAAAUGACAUUUUGUAGUUGCUGUGUGUGAGUAACUGAUUAAAUUUUUCUUAAAACUAAAUCAAGAUGGUGAAAAUUGGAAUCAACGGUUUUGGAAGAAUUGGACGUUUGGUCCUCCGAGCAUCUAUUGAACGUGGAGCAGAAGUAGUAGCUGUAAAUGAUCCCUUCCUUGAUGUUGAUUAUAUGGUGUAUCUCUUCAAAUUUGAUUCAACCCAUGGACGUUACAAGGGUUGUGUGUCAUCUGAUGGAAAGAACUUGGUAGUCGAUGGCAAAAAAAUUGCUGUAUUCCAAGAAAGAGAUCCCAAGGCCAUUCCAUGGGGACAGUCGGGCGCUGAUUACGUUGUUGAAUCUACCGGAGUAUUCACAACCAUUGAAAAGGCUUCUGCUCACUUGGCUGGUGGAGCAAAGAAGGUUAUCAUCUCUGCUCCUUCAGCUGAUGCUCCUAUGUAUGUCUGUGGUGUUAACCUUGAUGCUUACAACCCAGCUGACAAGGUCAUUUCAAAUGCUUCAUGCACAACAAAUUGUUUGGCUCCCUUGGCCAAGGUCAUCCAUGACAACUUUGAGAUCGUUGAGGGUCUUAUGACCACAGUACAUGCCACCACUGCAACUCAGAAGACUGUGGACGGACCUUCUGGAAAAUUGUGGCGUGAUGGUCGUGGCGCUGGACAAAACAUCAUUCCUGCCUCCACUGGAGCCGCUAAAGCAGUCGGGAAGGUCAUUCCUGCCCUUAAUGGCAAACUUACUGGCAUGGCUUUCCGUGUACCACUAGCCAAUGUAUCUGUUGUCGAUCUGACAGUACGUCUGGGCAAAGGGGCCUCGUACGAUGAAAUCAAAGCCAAAGUUAAGGAGGCCGCCGAGGGUGACCUCAAGGGAAUCUUGGGUUACACAGAUGAAGAAGUUGUCUCAUCCGAUUUCAUUGGUGACACACAUUCUUCCAUCUUUGACGCAAAGGCUGGAAUUUCUUUGAAUCAAAACUUCGUCAAACUCAUCUCUUGGUAUGACAAUGAAUACGGUUACUCCACCAGGGUCAUCGACUUGAUUAAAUACAUUUCCACUAAAGAUGCCUAAGUAUUAUGUGUGACAGUGAAUGUAAUUCGUCUGUGGCUGAUCACAGAAAUUUCUUUUUAAACGGAACUUUUUAGUAGUUCUGCAUUGCAAAAAAUUGUCCAGUGUACUCUUCAUCGUGUAUUUUUAUUUAUGUAUUUGUUUAGAUUAGCUACAUUAAUUAAAAGUUGGAAAAUUUUUUAUUCUUUGUUAUCCGGUCCACUCACCUAAUUCCAGUUCCACUUAAUUUUCGAGCGUUUUGCUGAAAUCUUCCUUUUAUAAUAUUUGAUUUUCGUCAUUUCCUGAACUGCGUUCCUAGUUCCAAUUCAGUAAGAUUUGUUUUCCUUGCUCGAUAUCGAGUUCCAUUAUCUCGUCCCUAUUCCUCUUUGUAUCCUUAUUCAUUUUUUAUUGAUGUCCACAAUACUAACUAAAAUAAAGUUAUUAGCAUCGG